AUGGCAACACUUGCGACGUACCUGGCCUCAACGAGCAAUCCCGUUCAAUUCUCCUCGCCGUCACCUCCCCGGCUACAACGAGUUGCAUUCCGCCCAGCAUUCCUUGGUUUAGUCGCAAAGAUGAUCUCCGACGAUGAACUAUAUUCGCUCGCCAUCUUUCUCGGCUCUGCAGCAAUGCUGAUGAUUGUUCUUUAUCACUUUCUCGAGGCCAACUCUGUGGAAGAUGUCGAUGCCAAAACACGCGCCCCCGUCGCGGCAGCUGCAUCCAGCUCGAAAGCCAAGUCAGCCAUCCAAUAG